AUGUUCUCAGCGAGGUUCAUAUGGGCUUCCAGCCCCACCGCGGGCGACCUGAAGAAGAUUGUCAUAGUCCAAUCGCUCUACCGAGGGAGGAAGGCUCGCCGCCAGCUGGUCAAGCGAAAGGAGAACGCCAUCUACCGGGCCAACGUCGCUCGUGAGAUUGAAAAAACGGAAGAGGACUAUGUAAAAAACCUGAACGUCGUGAUAGAGCACUACCUCAAGCCGCUCAAGGAGCGCAUGGAAGACGAGAAGACGGAUGCAAGUGCGAUGGCCAACUUCAACUCCCUCUUUUCCGACAUUCAAGUCAUCCGCAACUACAACGGCAACCUUCUGAACGAUCUGCGACCGAGGAUGCAGAAGUGGAGCGCCCACCAGGGAAUUGGCGACAUAUUUGUACAGAUGAGCGCCUUUCUCAAGGUCUACACGCAGUACGUGAGCCGAUACAACAAGGCCAUGGUCGAACUGACCACCUACAAGAAGAGCGACCCGCGCGUGCUCGAGAUGCUCAAGGUGAGCGACGUGGCCGAGUAUAUCGAGGAGAAGGCCAGCGAGGCCGAGCGCAUCGGCAAACUGCUCGACGUCCAGUCGCGCCUCCUGGGCAAUGAGACCUCGAUCGCGGCGCCCAGUCGCAAGUAUGUGCGAGAGGGUCGGCUCGCUGUCGGCUUCGCCAAGGACAACAAGGUGAGACGGGAGCGGAUGGUAUUCCUCUUCAACGAUCUCCUGGUGGACACGAAGCCGGUGAAGAAGAGCGGCGUCGAGGUGUUCAAAUUCAAGAACUCCUACCACCUCGUGCAGCUUCUGCCGGUCGUCCUGCCCGAUGACCUGAAGGAUAAUCGGUUCGGCUUUGCGCUGCGGGCCGACGGGGACACGGUGGACGUGGUUCGCUUCUUUGCUGCGUCGACGCAGGAGCGAGACGAAUGGAUCAACGAACUGAACUCCCUGCGGCAGGACAUCAACGCCAAGCGCGAGCACCACAACGAUCUCGUGCUGGAGCGGGCCAAGAAGCGGGCGCUGAAAGCGAAGCUCGCCUUUAGCGAGCGCUAUCGAAAGACCGACGGUGGCGAGGGCACCGCCAGCGCCGGCAACCUCGACACCGUCAGCGAGGUGAAGGAGGCGCCCAAGCAGCCUGCCGCCGCCCUCCUCAACGGCAUGUCCCCGCGGGCGCCCAAUCGCUGGGAGAAGGAGCACCAGAGCCGGAAGGAGGAGAUGGCCGAGGAGGCCGGGGUCAAGCCGCAAGGCCACCAGUCACGGUGGGAGUCGCGCCUCAAAGCCCACCAAGAGCGGCUGCGCUCCCUCCAGGGCGAGGAGUCAGGCCAGGCGGCCGGCGGCGAGGAUUCGCUGACCAAGGAGUUCGCUGACGACGCCGGCGGGUGGAAGAGUUUGCCCGCGACGCCCGAGCUCACCGCGGGCAGUCGCCGCAAGGCGUGGCGCGACAAGCGGGCCUCGGCCGACCUCACCACCCUGCUGGCCGUCACCGGCGGCGGCGGCAACAGCCCCGUCCCCGAAUCGCCCCCGUCGCCGCGCAAGUCCGGCGGACUCUUCAGCACUCUCCUGCGCAAGCGCGACGAGGCCAAGCGACGCGACGGCAGCGGCGGCCGGCGCAACACCAUGUCCGGCACCUUCAACACUAUGGGCAUCAGCAAGCGGUCGCCCAGCUGGGAGAGGAAGAAGUCGGACGAGGACAGCAGCAGCAAGGAGGAGGACGCCUUGAUGGCCGGCAGCGCCGAUGAUACAUUGGCCAAGCCUCCCGCGGCGGCCGAGGAGCCGCCGAUGCCGCCCAAGUUGACGCGCAAGGAGAAGCGGAACUAUCGCAAGACCUUCUCCAGCGUCGACGUGGCCCAGAUGAGCCGACUCCAGCGGUCAUGGGGCUCCUCGAACAGCGACGCCUCGGUCGUGGCCACGUCGCUCGAGAAGCUGAUGCUGCAGGAGCAGCAGGAGCACAAGCAGCAAGUGCAUCAGCAGCAGCAACAGCACCUGCAAAAGCUGAAGGAAUCGAGCGGCGAGUACGCCACGACGGCCAAGGUCGAACAACAGUCGGGCAGCAGCGGCCGACGCAUUCGGAGCGGCGCCUACGACGAGUCGGCGGUGGCGGAGAUGAUGCGCAGAGAGGCCUCCAGCGAGUCCCUGGGCGGCGCCGCUGCUGGUCCGUCGACCUCCGGCGCGCCUUCGCCGUCGUCGUCGCCCGCGCCGAGCCGCACCAAGAACCCGUUCGCCUACCUCAAGAAGCGCGGCGACGACAAGGAAAAGGAGAAGGAAAAGGAAAAAGAGAGGGAAAAGGCCAGGGAGAAGGAGGUGGUCAACAUCAACCCCAUCCGCGGCAUCCACCUCAUUCCUACAUUCGCCGCGGCGGCCGCUGCGGCCUACCACGCCAACAACGCGACCAACGCUGGCCUCGGGGUGGCGCCCAACGUGGCCCCAUCGCCGCCGUCGCUCGAGCUCUCCGACUCGGCCGAUACGCUCGCCGGCUCCUCUGCGGCCAUCAUCGCCUCGCCGCCUUCCGGCGGGGCUACGAGCACGCACGGGCUCACGAACUCCCAGUCGAUGGAGCUUGACACCAUCGCAGCGCAACCGGCCCAACCGGCGCCACCGAACGCCGCCCGCAAGGUGCGACCGAUGAGCAUGGACCUGACGGGCAAGAAGCCAGACGCGAUUCGGCCCACGGACCCGAACGGUGCCAUCGACGAGGAGUGGGAGCGACGCAAAAAGCAUCUGCUCGAUGAGUGGAAGAAGGAGGACCGCGAGCGCGAGAAGCUGCUCAAGGCCGCCAAGAACCAGAUGAAGAAGGAGCUAAAGAAGAGCGCGCGGCAGGAGAAGAAGGAAAAGGAAAAGGAAAUCAAGGACGAAAAGAAGCUGCGCAAGGCCGAGCGCAAGCUGCGACCCAAGUCGAUGGACUUCUCCCGGCGGCGGCUGGACUCGCUGCUGCAGCGGAUGGCAAGCGACACGCUCGACGACAGCGACGAAGAAGAAGCCGACGGCGGCAAUGCCGACAACGCCAAGGCCGAGGGGGACAUGAGCGCCUCGGUCGCGACGCACAAGACGAGCAACGCGGUCCACCUGCGCGUGCGACCCAAGACCUCACGCGCCGAGUCGGUGCCCGACCGCGUGCGGCGCGAGCGCAGUCGGUCGGCCAUUGGCAGCAACGGCAACAACAGUUCGACGGCGGUCGGUGACCACCCUGCGCAGCCCACCGUCUCCACGACCUGGAUGUCGGCCAACGAGGAGGAGGCGCUCACCAUCGAAGAGAUCGACCGGCGCAUUGCCGACCUGAAGCGUCUGCGGCAGCGCAGGCUGGCUUCGGCUUCGGCCGGCGCCGGUGGUGCCCCCGCGGCUGCGGCCGACAGCGAGGCCUCGAAGCCCACUUCACGGCCCAAGUCGGGCAGCAGGAUCGGCAGCCGCGAGGACGGACGAGUCGACAGCCUUAGUGGUAGUGGCUCCCGGGAGCGCCAUCACCAGCCGGAGCGGCGGUCGAGCGCGACCGACGCGAUGCCCAUGUCGCCCACCGCGGCCGACCGCAAGAUCCACAGCGAGGAGAUGUCGGCGUUGGCCGUCGUCACCACCAGCUCGCCGGUCCGCACGCGCUCGCGGGCCAACACCUCGUCGAACCCACCACCUUCCGCUUCAUCGCCGUAUUCCACCUUCUCGGCGUCCGGGUCGGCCGUCACCCGACGAGACAAAGAGAAAGAAAGGGAGAAAGAAAAGGAGCGAGAGAGGGAAAGGGAGAAAGAGAAGGAGAAGGAGAGAGAGAAGGAAAAGGAGAAAGAGAGGGAGAAGGAGGCCAGCAGGGCCAGGACGCCGGUGAGCCGAGCGGCCAAGCGGGUGCGGCCGGUCAGCAUGGACGUAUCGGGCAUGCGGCUGUCGGAUCUCAUCAGCACGGGCGGCGAGAGCGGCGGCGAUCGGUUGGAUGCCAGGCUCGCGGCGGCGACGCGUCCAUCGACGGCGGUGGCCAAGGAGGCGACGACCAAGGCCGCCGAGGGCGCUGCAGCCAAGACUCGGCGCGGGACGGCGCUGUCGUCGGGCAGCUGGGACAGCAAGCGCGACAGAGAGCGCGAGAAGGAGAAGGAGAAGGACCGAGAGCGAGGCGACGAACGAGACACCAAAGAGAAGGAAAAGGAGAAGAGGAAGAGUGGCGGGAGCAGCAUCGGCGGGAGGGAGAGCGAGAGGAGGAACAGCAUUGUGAGAGAGAAGGAGAGGGAGAAGGAGAAGGAGAAGAGCACGAAGGAGGAGCGACGGGAGAAUGGGCACCACGACAGCGAGCCUGAGAAGAAGAGCGUCGACAAGGAGAAGGAGAAGAAGGAGGAGAAGAAGGAGGACAAGGAGAAGACGAGGGACAAGAGGAGGAGUCAGGACAAGGACAAGCCGAGAGACCGCGACCAUGCUCACCAGAGGGAGCGGGACAGGGAAAGAGAUAACAAGGAGAAGGAGGAGAAGAAGGAGAAGAGCACGAAGAAGGGCAGCGUCAUCAACCCGCCGAGCGGGCUGGGCGCCAACUCGUCGUCGCCGGCUGGCUGGGAGGAGCGAAAGAAGGACCGCACCAGCAGCACCAAGCAGCGGGCCGAGUCGACCAGCUGA